GGAAAGCCCCCCACAAAAAAAGCCACAGUGCUGAGCAAAGUGAACAAAGCCCCAGCACAGGAGGCAUCUCCUGCAGGUUUUGAAUGGGGCGCCUACAUGGAGAAGGAGGCGGCUCUCGCUGCUGCCGUUUCCUGCUUCAGACACGCUCCCCUGUGUGCUCAGUGGGACGACAUCUCUCUGGGGAUGAAGGUGGAGGUCCUGAACACAAACGCUGUCCUGCCCAGUAAAGUCUACUGGAUCGCUUCUGUCAUCCAGAUCGCAGGAUAUAAAGCUCUGUUGAGGUACGAAGGCUUUGAGGAAGACAGCAGCCAUGACUUUUGGUGCAGCCUGGUUUCUGCAGAGCUGAACCCGAUCGGAUGGUGCGCCAUGACUAGCAAACUGCUGGUGCCCCCACAAGACGUGAAGCAGCACAUCCCAGAUUGGAAAGAGUAUCUGAUGAAGACGCUGGUGGGGACCCACACUUUACCUGUGGACUUCUACCUGAAGUUGGGAGAGAGCAUGCGGACCUCCUUCAGAGUUGGGAUGCGGGUGGAGGUGGUCGACCCGAAGCACGUGAGUCGGACUCGGCUGGCGGCGGUCCACUCGAUCAGAGGGGCCGNUAGGGGAGACAGGGGAGAACUGGGACAGGGGUUGGCAGGAUAA